AUGGAAAUCGGGACAUUGGGAUGCACAGAUAGUAUUCAUGGGUUGAUUCUUAAUGCUGGAGUCUUUCGGCCAACGGUUUUGACGACAAAGGAUGGAUUUGAGAGCCAUUUUGGGGUAAAUGUGGUGGCACAUUUUGCGCUUCUCCGAGUCCUUCUUCCCGUCGUUCGUCGCUCCGCCCUUUCGAGAAUUGUUAUUCUAUCGUCCACUUUGAGUACUCGUGUUGGAUUCAAAAAAUCGAUGAAUCUGGAACAGAAACUGCGGCUUUUAUGUGGUGAGGAUCCAUCGACGUCUGCACUUCAGAAGUAUGGAGCAUCGAAAUUGGCGGAUAUGCAUUUGGCAUUUAAGCUGCAUCGAGAUGAGAAUCAGAAUGGGAUUAGUACCUAUUCGGUACAUCCUGGAGAUGCUGUCAAGACCGAUAUUUUCAGAAACUCUCCGGCCGGAAAAGUCCUCAGUUUCCUGACCACUCCUUUCACCAAAAACUCCAGUCAAGGAGCCGCGACUACAGUAUACUGUGCAACGCAUCCAGAAGUCAAGGAAAUUUCCGGAAAAGGCAGCGAGAGAUGGGGAGUUACAAGAGGCGUUGUGGAAGAAAUUGGAAGGGAUCGAUGA